AUGUUUCUUAUUCUACAAUUUGUUCUUAUUUUAGCCUUCAUCUUUAAGGAGCCUAUAGCCAUCGCACAGUAUGUGCCGUCUUGGAGCAACAGAGUUGCUCCGGUGAACAAACAUACUGAUGCUGCUAAGCCUCUUUAUAGUGUUCAAUUCAUGACAUCUUAUGUUGACGACCAUUUCUUGAAUGAAAAGUUUGUUAUAGACAUCGAGGCUCCGUUUCCAUGGCGCGACUGUGUGGUGGAUUGGAACUAUUAUGAAGGCGAUUGCCCCACUUGCCGGUAUCCUGUUUCUUGUAAAGAGUACCAAUGCACGGAUUUGCAAACCACUUACUUUUAUCGAAGUCAUUCAUGUCAUUCGGUUAACAGUGGUUCCAAAUCACCUGGUUCGCAACAUUGCAAUUGCCCAGUCAAUGUGGUGAGCCCGGUUGACGGGACAUGUAGUCAAGCCCUGCUAAACUAUGACCUUUUUUCACUUAACGCUAGUGAUGGCCGAAAUCCAUAUCCAAGUACCUAUAAUUCUGGUCCUAAUGCAGGAUGUGUUCCAUCAAGUGUCUUCGAUUCCUUCCCUGAAAAUGUUAGAGGUGUAAUGGCUUUUUCCAGAUCUCCUUAUGCAAAACCUACUGGGGUUAUGGUCGUCGGGCAUAACCCGUAUGAUGUCCGGGUAUGGAAAGAUAUACUAGCUAUAUGUUUGCCUAGCACGUUGUCUUCUCCCGGGGUUAUGUUCUUUGGGGAUAGCCCGUAUUACUUUAUUCCUAACUCUAAUGUUGAUAUAAGAGGUUUACUCUCUUAUACUCCGUUACUGAAGCAUCCUGAUUCAUUUGGUUAUUUUAUCGAUGUCAAAGCAAUUGUUAUUAAGGGAAGAUCCAUCAAUGUCUCAUAUGCUGGGAACAGCACUACCAAGCUUAGUACAACUGAGCCUUACACCACUUUUAGAUCAGAUAUUUAUAGUAGCAUAGUUCGGAUAUUUUUAAAGGUUACUAAACGAAUACCUGCUGCAAAGCCAGUUGCCCCAUUCGGCCUCUGCUACAACAUCUCCAAAAAUAGAACCAAACCCGGGUUAAAAGUUCCUGAUAUUCAUCUCCUUCUCCAAGGAGGGAGUAAGUGGACCAUAUCCACAGCUAAUUCAGUUAAGCAAGUAACAACUCACGUUGCGUGUCUGGCAUUUAUCGAUGGUGGCCUAACAAGUGAACCUCCAAUCGUACUUGGCACUUUUCAGUUUGAGGAUAAUUUUCUAGUGUUUGAUGAAGGCGAUUCAACUUUAGGGUUCAGUUCAUCUUUAAUAAACAAGGGGACUUCUUGCGCAAACUUCAACUUCACCACACCUAGUAAUAUGUAUCCGUGA